AGUACCUCCCUUCACAGAUGUGUCUGUAUCAGGAUGGGUCUAAACAACAUGGUGUAAAUGCAGUUGCUGGUGAGCCUCAUUUCCUGUAGGAGGUGAACAAGAGCAGAGAUCUGUUUCCCUUCAGAGCACAGAGGUUGUUUCUGUUCAGAGGAAGUGAAACUGUCUGACAGUCACUGAGAGACGGUGAAACGGCACAGCACAUGAAUCAAAUGGACCAAACAAAAUUCUGCUGUUCAGUCUGUUUGGAUCUACUGAAGGAUCCGGUGACUAUUCCCUGUGGACACAGCUACUGCAUGAACUGUAUUAAAAGCUUCUGGGAUGAAGAGGAAAAGAAGAAAAUCUACAGCUGCCCUCAGUGCAGACAGACUUUCACAGCGAGGCCUGUCCUGGUGAAAAACACCAUGUUAGCAGAUUUAGUGGAGGAGCUGAAGAAGACUGGACUCCAAGCUGCUCCUGCUGAUCACUGCUAUGCUGGACCUGAAGAUGUGGCCUGUGAUGUCUGCACUGGGAGAAAAAUGAAAGCCUUCAAGUCCUGUUUAGUGUGUCUGGCAUCUUACUGUGAGAAACACCUUCAGACACAUAAUAUUGUUGCAGCUUCAUUCAAGAAACACAAGCUGGUGGAGCCCUCCAAGAAGCUCCAGGAGAACAUCUGCUCUCGUCAUGAUGAGGUGAUGAAGAUGUUCUGCCGUACUGAUCAGCAGAGUAUCUGUUAUCUCUGCUCUGUGGAUGAACAUAAAGGCCACGACACAGUCUCAGCUGCAGCAGAAAGGACUGAGAGGCAGAGAGAGCUGGAGGUGAGUCGACAAAACAUCCAGCAGAGAAUCCAGGACAGAGAGAAAGAUGUGAAGCUGCUUCAACAGGAGGUGGAGGCCAUCAAUCAGUCUGCUGAUCAAACAGUGGAGCACAGUGAGAAGAUCUUCACUGAGCUGAUCCAUCUCAUCCAGAAAAGAAGCUCUGAUGUGAAGCAGCAGAUCAGAUCCCAGCAGGAAACUGAAGUGAGUCGAGUCAAAGAGCUUGAGGAGAAGCUGGAGCAGGAGAUCACUGAGCUGAAGAGGAAAGAUGCUGAGCUGAAGCAGCUCUCACACACAGAGGAUCACAUCCAGUUUCUACACAACUACCCCUCACUGUCAGCACUCAGUGAGUCUACAGACUCAUCCAGCAUCAAUAUCCGUCCUCUGAGCUACUUUGAGGAUGUGACAGCAGCUGUGUCAGAGGUCAGAGAUAAACUACAGGACAUUCUGAGAGAGGAAUGGACAAACAUCUCACUGACAGUCACUGAAGUGGAUGUUUUACUGUCAGAUCCACCAGAGCCAAAGACCAGAGCUGGAUUCUUAAAAUAUUCAUGUGAAAUCACACUGGAUCCAAACACAGCAAACAAACAGCUGUUAUUAUCAGAGGGGAACAGAAAAGUAACAUUAAUGAAUCAACAACAGUCUUAUUCUGAUCAUCCAGACAGAUUCACUGUACGAUAUCAGGUCCUGAGUAGAGAGAGUCUGACUGGACGUUGUUACUGGGAGGUGGAGUGGAGAGGGAGAGGAGUUUAUGUAGCAGUCACAUACAAGAGUAUCAGCAGAAAAGGAGGGGGUAAUGAAUGUGCAUUUGGACUUAAUGACAAAUCUUGGUCAUUAGAUUGUGAUAACAACAGUUAUACAUUUUGGUACGACAACAUCCAAACUCCUGUCUCAGGUCCUCGUUCCUCCAGAGUAGGCGUGUACCUGGAUCACAGAGCAGGUAUUUUGUCCUUCUACAGCGUCUCUGAAACCAUGACUCUCCUCCACAGAGUCCAGACCACAUUCACUCAGCCGCUCUAUGCUGGACUUUGGCUUCACUAUAAUUAUGGAGACACUGCUGAGUUGAUUAAAGUGAAAUAGACUGAAGUCUUUCAUAUUGUGGGUUUAAAUCUGUAUUUUAGUUUCAUUUUAUUUUCUCUCCAUCAUUUCUGCACAGAGAUCAGCUGUCAGUCAAACAUUAUGGGUGGUACCUCCACAUCUUCUAGUUGUUCUCUUGAUGUUUCUGAGUUUUUAAAGGAGAUCUUUCCUGUGACUGUUUAUGGAGGCUAUCACUGCUCAUCAUCAUUUUGAUUUACAAAAAUAUUUCUCCACAUGAAAAUGUAAACUUCUCUAUCCUCUAAAUGUUUGUGUUUAAAAAUGUUGUUGAUGUUCUUAAGUCCUUUCAGAUGUUUGUAAUGGUCCUUGAAUGCAGCAUCAGUGUUACAGGUUGUGACUCCUGUGAACAAACUGACACAGUGUGAUAUUACACAUAUUUAAAUCUGUCUUUACUGAUGAUGUUGAAGCUGCUGAAGGCUCAGUGAAGUUUUGUCUUCCUGCAGGUUAACAAGUGAAAUCUGAAAGUGAUGCACAACACAAGAGGGCGCCUUCAUCCUGCUAACAGGGAUGUAGAGGAGGUUAAAGCACCUCAGCUCAGUUUGUCCACGUUUUACAUUCUGCCAUGUUUUUAGGCUGAACGAAGCCUUUAUCAUAAAGUUCAUUGUGUCAUAGAUCAUUUUGUGUUAUAAAAUGAUAAGAACUUUUAAAAAAUCUUUACAUAGAAAUGUGUCCUUCAUUGAGUUAUAUAAUUUUAGAAACACUUUGCAUAAUAUUGUAUUAAAAUGACUUU